AUGGACCACGCCAACCACGACAUGACACCCACCUCAACCAUCACCAGUGUGAUCGCCACGACAACCUCGACCGCUGCUGCUGCGGCAGCCGGCGGCGGCCAUGGCCACGGCGGCGGCACCGGUUGCAAAAUUAGCAUGCUCUGGAACUGGAACACGAUCGACUCCUGCUUCAUCUCCUCGUCGUGGAAAAUCACCUCAAACCAAAUGUUUGGUGGGUCAUGCGUCGGCGUUUUGUUGCUCGCCAUCACGAUGGAAGCCUUGAGGAGGUUGACGAAGGAGUAUGACCGGUACCUGGUCAAGAAACAUCGUGAGGCAUUGGCUGGGCAGCACAAUGUCGACGUUACGCAGGGGUACAGGCCGAAGAUCUGGGAGCAAGCGGUCAGGGCAGCCUUGCACAUGGUACAGUUUGCGGUGGGAUACUUCAUCAUGCUGUUGGCGAUGUACUACAAUGGGUACAUCAUUAUAUGCAUUUUUCUUGGGGCAUAUCUCGGGUCCUUCAUGUUUCACUGGGAGCCACUCGGUGCGCGUGAUGCGCGUGGGACAAACAACUGCCACGAAGGACCCUACACUUUGUUGCCAUUGAACAAGCAUGGCGAGGUGUUGACUAGUUUAUUUUUGAUACAUUGGACAUGGAUACGAAGUAGUUAUACGAUCAGGCAGGAUGGUCACAGCGAAGAGUUGAAGUAUUACGACGACGGGAUCAUGAAGGGGUGUUGGGUACAGCGUAGAGUUGUUUCAAUACCAAAAUAA